AUGGCAUUAAUGUUAGUACUGGACAUUGAUAUUCUUGAUUAUCCUGAUAAAGAUUUUUCAAAUGUAUUUAAACAGAAUAUACUAAAUAUUCUAAGUAUGGAUAGUUUAAAGUCAGAAUUUUCAGAUUUAGUUAUUUCUAUAUAUUAUAUUAUUAAUGGAGAUAUAAAUAUUAAAAGUGGGGGUACUUGUAAAAAUAUUUGGUUUCCUUUUAAUAACUCGGAAAUUUAUAUUGUAUCUACAUUCCAACAAAUGGCUUUAGAUAUACAUAAAAUUAGGAAGAUGGAAUCAAUAUCUGAAAGUAGUAAAUUAGAAUAUAUAUCUUCAUAUAUAGGAAAAAUAAUAAAUCUUGAUAUAGAUAAUGGAGUGUUUAGGAAAGUGGAUUAUACCAAUAAUCCAUUUUGGCUUAAUUUAGAUAUUGGGCAAAAACGUCAAACUUUAAUACUUUGGCUAAUGUCCCCAAAAAUAUAUGAAGAGAGGAUUUCAAGAAAUGAUUUGCCUAUAUAUAAGUUUGAUAUACAUGAAAGUAGUUAUCUACCCAAUAUUGAUAUAAAAUAUGGUAUUUUGGAAAUUCAAAAUGAUAAGAGAAUAUGGAAUCAGCAAAGUACAAAUGAAACGAAAACAUCCAAUUUAAGACCAUUUUUAACUGAUAAGAUAUUAUGUUAUCCUCAUAAUGAAUCUAUAGGAUAUAAGACAUACAAAUUAAAUAACUGCAAAUUUAUUGAUAUUUAUAUUAAAGAUACUAUUGAGAAUUUUUUUGAUAAUAGUCCAUUUACAAUAGUUUUAUCACCGAAUUCUCCUUUAUUUCAAGAUCCUAGUGAAAACUUGGGGAGUUUACGCUUUCACUUAUAUCCUAACUUAAAGGCUUAUCCUAUAUAUUUAAAGGAUUCUCUGAAAUUACUCUUCUUACCAUUGUAUGCAACAAUGGUAGGAUUAUUACCUUUAGGGGAAUAUCAACCUUUACCUUAUAUUACACAACGAAUACUCCUACCCGUAGAUUUUUCAGAUGCUAAGAUAGAAUCAAUAAAAGCUUUAAUAUUAUCAUUAUUAAUAGAUAAAUCUAUUAUAGCUAUACAAUUGGACUAUAAUUGGUUUGCUACACUUAACCCUACUAUAGAUGGUGACUCCUACUUUUUAACUAUAAAUAUUCUCCCUCCAGGAUUAAUUAUUAGAAAUAAAGUAGAGUAA